CGCCCUGAAGAAGAAGAAGCGGCUCUCGCAGUCCGACGAGGACGUGAUCCGGCUGAUCGGGCAGCACCUCCACGGGCUGGGGCUCAACCAGACUGUUGAUCUCCUCAUGCAAGAGUCAGGAUGUCGUUUAGAACAUCCUUCAGCUACCAAAUUCCGCAAUCAUGUCAUGGAAGGAGAAUGGGAUAAGGCUGAGAACGACCUGAAUGAACUUAAGGCCUUAGUGCAUUCUCCGCAUGCAAUUGUGAGGAUGAAGUUUUUGCUGCUGCAGCAGAAGUACCUGGAAUACCUGGAGGAUGGCAAGGUCCUGGAGGCACUUCAGGUUCUACGCUGUGAACUGACGCCUCUGAAAUACAAUACAGAACGCAUUCAUGUCCUCAGUGGGUACCUGAUGUGUAGCCAUGCAGAAGACUUGCGUGCAAAAGCAGAGUGGGAAGGGAAAGGAACAGCUUCCAGAUCUAAACUUUUGGACAAACUCCAGACCUACCUACCCCCAUCAGUGAUGCUUCCUCCGAGGCGUUUACAGAACCUGCUGCGCCAGGCUGUGGAACUCCAACGGGACCGGUGCCUAUAUCACAACACCAAACUAGACAGCAAUCUAGAUUCUGUCUCGCUGCUAAUAGAUCACGUUUGUAGUAGGAAACAGUUUCCAUGCUAUACCCAACAGAUCCUAACGGAGCACUGUAAUGAAGUGUGGUUCUGUAAAUUCUCCAACGACGGCACUAAAUUAGCAACAGGAUCUAAGGACACAACUGUUAUUAUAUGGCAGGUUGAUCCAGACACUCACCAGCUAAAACUACUUAAGACGUUAGAAGGUCACGCGUACGGGGUCUCCUACAUUGCCUGGAGUCCAGAUGACAACUACCUUGUUGCCUGUGGCCCAGAUGAUUGUUCUGAGCUUUGGCUCUGGAAUGUACAAACUGGGGAGCUGAGGACAAAGAUGAGCCAGUCUCAUGAAGACAGUUUAACAAGCGUGGCCUGGAAUCCUGAUGGGAAGCGUUUUGUAACGGGAGGGCAGCGUGGACAGUUCUAUCAGUGUGAUUUAGAUGGUAAUCUGCUUGACUCCUGGGAAGGGGUGAGAGUACAAUGCCUUUGGUGCUUGAGUGAUGGGAAAACUGUUCUAGCGUCGGACACACACCAGCGAAUUCGGGGUUAUAACUUCGAGGAUCUCACAGACAGGAACAUAGUACAAGAGGAUCACCCUAUUAUGUCGUUUACUAUUUCAAAAAAUGGCCGUUUAGCUUUGUUAAAUGUAGCAACUCAGGGAGUUCACUUAUGGGACUUACAAGACAGAGUUUUAGUGAGAAAGUAUCAAGGUGUUACACAAGGAUUUUACACAAUUCACUCGUGUUUUGGAGGUCAUAAUGAAGAUUUCAUUGCGAGUGGCAGUGAAGAUCACAAGGUGUACAUCUGGCACAAGCGCAGCGAGCUGCCCAUCGCCGAGCUGACGGGGCACACGCGCACGGUGAACUGCGUCAGCUGGAACCCGCAGAUCCCGGCCAUGAUGGCCAGCGCCUCCGACGACGGCACCGUUAGGAUAUGGGGACCAGCGCCUUUCGUAGACAGCCAGGAUAUCGAAGAGGAAUGCAGUAGCAUGGAUAGUUGAUGGCGAAUUUGGAGCAGACGACUUCAGUUUAACUUAAUUAGUCGUAUUUUAAAUGGCUUGGGAUUUGGUGCAAACAAACAUGAUUGAUAGCUGGACAGACAUGCUCGUCAUGAAAAAAGAACCAUUUCUGAAGCCCGGUUGGGGCCAAACAUUUGCCACCUUUGCUUCAUAGUAACCAGUCGAGAUGAAGCACGUCUUUAGAACUUUGUUGGACACCGUGUUGAAAUUACCCCCCCAUCGGUCGUGAAGAACUGUGCUACAUUCAGGCUAACCAUUGAACUCAGUAUAUAUAUUUUUCCCUCCUGCCUUUUUGUCUGGCAGGCUACUGUUCUUGUUGCUCUUCUGUGUAAUGAAGUUUAAAUGCUUGUUUGGAACACUUUAUUUAACAGUUUAGAAGGCUUGAUAGAAAGAGUGCUUUAGUCUGAAGAGUAUACAUUGGAUAGGAAAGUAUUUCCUUCUCUUGUUUCUCAAGUCUCUCUCCGCCUUACUUAGCUUGAGAUCUUUGCAGCUUGGUUCAUGGAUUCUAGCCUUGCCCGUUGCGCAGUAUAUCUAUCAAUUGAGAGGAUAAACCAAUGAACUAUGUCAAAAGCACUCUCAGUAUCACAUUUGACAAAAAGUUUUGUACUUUUCACAUAGCUCGUUGCCCUGCAAAGGGGUUAACAGCACAAUUUUUUAAAAAUAAAUUAUUUAUAGGAUUAAAAUGACUUCAUUUGUAUACAUUUGGAAUUAAAACAAUGCAAGAAGUGUCGUGAAACACGGUAUCACUGAUGCUUUUCUGGAGUGUCCUGAGACCCAAUCAGAAGCAGUGGCUGGAAGGAGAUUUAUGUAGGCAGUGAAGCUUGUUUCAGAUGGAAGAAUUCGCUAUCCAUCUUAACAGAGAAGCUGUAUUAGUUAGGAGAAAAAAGCAUUCAGACUGCACCACCAGUCUGAGAGUUGAAACAAGAGGUCUUUUUGGUUUUUUAAUUACAUAAAUAUAUGCAACAAUGCUGGUGUAAAAGGUAGACUACACUUUGAGGGAAGAAUGAGUUGAAAGAGUCCUUUCUUCACAAAGUCAACACUUUGUAUAAGUAAUUUACAUACAAAUCAUAAUUAAACACUUGUAUUAUGAUGGAAUUUUUUCUUUAUUUGAUAAACAAGGGUGGACAGAUUUUUUUUUUUUUAUUGAGAAUAUACUUUUAAGUUUGCAGAUAAAAAUGCCUUUCCCAGACCUUAUUGCAAGCUGGGGCCAUGAACAUCUUGAGACAUCUAGGGGGAGUUCCACUAAUGUCUCAUGUUAAAAAAAAAAACAAACAUUUAUAGUUUAAAUAUUUAUUCUUUUUGACAUAAACAGAUGGCCUGGCAUCUCUGUGCUUCUGCACUACACACAAAUCCAUUAUGGGAUGGCACUGGAUUCCCUUUUGCCACCUUGGGUGGAAAGGUAGUGUUGGUACUGCUGCAAAGUAAAGAAGGAGCAGGGAAGGGCAUGCCACCAGGAGUCAUGUGAGCAGAAGUGUGGACUUCAUCCUUUCAUGAGAUAAUGAUUUAGUGUCCUUAUUAGUCACGUGUAGAAGAAGGGUGGGGGAAGGUGUGCUGGAAUUCCUGGGAAGAGACGUGUAGCCACUAUGAGGAAAGGGAGUGUGGUGUUUCCCAGAAAAACAAAGGUUAGCAGGUUAGAUUUUUUUUUUUCUUUUAGAUUCCAGCCGUGUGUGUGUCUUGCCUUGUGUGCAAACUUAAACAUGAGCUAAGAUUCUGAUAUGUGGUUGACCAGCCCUGAAUCUGACGUAUGAGUCUUCUAAUACCUCCAAAACCAGGCAGGGACUUAAUGUUCAGCCUUAAAACUAAGGUGAAUGCUUUGAUAGCAAUUACUGUUUCACAGCACUGAGAAUAAAUGUGUGAACUUAAGAUUAUACAUCAGUUCCUUUUUCCUUUAAUCAGUUCUGGAGGAAGCUCUUUAUUUCCCUUCCUAGUACUAACAGUGGAAGAUGAGUUAGGCCUGUGGCCUUAAUGUUGCAGGAAGACAGAAAAGUUCCCAUGGUUAAAUUCGAAUACGCUAAACCUUGGGGUUUAAGGAAAAAUUAAUUACCUAAAUUGUAAACAGUGAAUUGUAAAAGUAUUUUACAUUUUCAAAACGUGGUAUAAUUCAUAAGCAAUGCCAGCAUGUGGAUCUUUGGAAGUUACUCUAGUAUUGUCUUACUCUAUAACUUAACAUUUUCAAACCAAACUUUGUUUAGGGAGAGUAAGGGGAAUAAUGGUUUUGAUGUCUCUUAAUGUCUCAUACAGUGGUCUGUCACUACGUAUUCGUGGAAAUAAAGUGGGAGCUUUAGGCAGGUGGUGAAGGCUGGUUCAAAUCUCAAGUGCAGAUUUGAAUUCUCUUAUGCACUUGAGGCAUUUCUGAUGUGGUGGCCAUGGCUAACCAGAGUGAGACUAGUACAGCUGGGGUGGUGUGUGGGCUGAUGCCUGCUUUCCACAGCAGUGCAAUUAGGAAUUUAAACAUAGGACCUCUGCCAAAGCACUGCCCAUCUCUUCUGGACUUGGUUUGUCCCUCUGAAGGUCACUUGAGGUAUUUAGAAGCUGAUUUAGGGAGAAGCACUUGUGGGAUCUCUCUCCCUUAACGUUUUGGUGCAGCCAUGCCAUGUAAAGGCAAGUUCCAAGCAGGUGGCACUGCUUCCAGAGUGUCUCAUGACAGCCUGUUUGCAUCUCAUGGGCCAUGAGCAGGCAGGACAGAAAGGUGAGAUUAAUCUACAUUUUGCCCCACUACUCAGUCCAACAGUAGCUGCCAUUAGAGGUGUAGCAAUGAAUACCAUUUCAACCUGGAGGUGAAAGGCAACCUAAACUAUUUCCAACACAUUGUAUAUUCACACUAUGUGGAUUGAAAAGUACCAAUACUUUUUGUGCACAGACAAUAAAAUGAGACCGGGGUGGGGGGGAUACCCAAAUCAGUUUGCUCAUUUGCAACACACUGAUUUCCAUGUGCUUAAAAAUGUUCUUAGGCUGGAGUGUAAGUCUGGAACAAGUACACACCCACAAUAAAUUACUGUAUUUCUAGUCAGCAGGCCCAUGGUUUUAGAGAGGAAAAUACUGUAAGUGUGUACUUAUUUUGUAACUUUCUCUGGUCACCUGUUGGCUUCAAAUAUUCACAGUAGCCCCAGGUUAUUAUCAAGGCAGAUCUCAAAGAAAAGAAAAAUGCUGAAGCAUUUUAUUAUCUGAAUGUUCUUUAGCUCUUCAGGUAAGUAAUUUUGAAGGCACAAUGGAACACAAAAGGGAAAAUGGUAGCUCUGUUCAUGUUUUGGAGGGGAGGGAAGUUGGGGAAAUGACACCUUUGUUUUUAAAUUCCCUCUGUCUUUUCUAAAGUUCUCCAACUUUAAAGUUAACUUCUCUUUAUGAUUGGAGCAAAGAUGCAAGCUAGGAAUCUGCCCAGAUCUUGCCAGUUACUUCUCAACUUGGCUUCAACCAGGUAAUGUUUAAUAAAAUUGUCUGCUGUGGGGAGUUGGUGUCUAGUUGUGUAUUUUUACACUGCUAAGUGAUACUCCCACCCAAAAUCAGUUGUAAAGGCUUCCUUAGCAGGAAGGGCAAUUAGCUGUAGCUCGAGGGGAUAUGUUGUAGAUCCAAAUGGGGAGGGAG